AUGGCAAGGCUAUGCUCAAAGACUUCCAAGGAAGCACUCAACAUCCAGACAUCCAGCUAUGGAUUGACAGCCAAGAUGAUUGUAAUCAUCAUGAGAUCAAGUCCUGAUCGGCUCCGAGGUGCAGCUCCUCUCAGACGCUUUCAGGAUGUGCUCAACAUCCAAUUCACAAGCACUCUGUAA